AUGAGUACGAUAGAUAAGAUGCUCAUUAAGGGCAUUCGCAGCUUCAGUCCGGACAACAAAACAGUAAUAGAGUUCUACAAACCACUGACUCUGAUUGUUGGAGCCAACGGCGCUGGCAAGACGACCAUCAUUGAGUGCCUCAAGCAUGCUUGCACAGGAGAACUGCCACCCAACGCCCGUUCCGGCCACACGUUUGUCCAUGACCCUAAAGUUGCAGGAGAGACGGAAACCAAGGGACAGAUCAAGCUUCGGUUCAAGACAACAGCUGGUCGCGAUGUGGUCUGCAUCAGAUCUUUCCAGCUCACUCAGAAAGCAUCAAAGCUUGAGUACAAGGCAGUGGAGAGUGUGCUUCAGACAAUUGAUCCUCGAUCAGGAGAGAAAGUGGCUCUGAGCUAUCGUUGCGCCGACAUGGACCGCGAGGUGCCAUCGCUAAUGGGGGUGCCCAAGGCCGUGCUGGAGAACGUGAUCUUUGUCCAUCAGGACGAGGCUAACUGGCCACUUGCGGAAGCAGCGGUCUUGAAGAAGAAGUUCGACGAGAUCUUUUCAGCAACAAGGUACACGAAAGCUCUUGAAGUAAUAAAGAAGCUGCACAAGGAGCAGGCGCAGCAAGUGAAGGAGUACAAGCUGAAAUUGGAUCAUCUUCAAACUCUUAAGGACGCAGCUUUUAAGCUGAACUCAGACAUCGACACGGACAACAGCAAGUCGGCGGCCCUCCAAUCGAAGAUCAAAGAACUGGAGCAGAAGAUUGCUGAGCGCCAGAGCAGGAUUGACAAUAUCAAGAGUGCUCUCCGGAAGAUGCAAGCGUGGCAGAACGACAUCGAAGUGAAGGAAGGGACGCGAGCGGUUCUUGCUAGACAGAGAGAUCAGCUGUACAACGCCCUUGAAGAGGAGAGCGACGAGUCGACCGAGGAAUUGAGAACCUUCCAGGAGGACUUUGCGAAGACCGUCGCCGGCAUGCGCAUCCAGGCGGCGAAGCUGGAGCGGCAGCUGACAGACGCGCAGAUGCAGGACCAGAGCGAGAAGGAAAACUUCAACAGGCUGCAGCUGAUGAAGGGCAAACUGCAGGCGGAAGCAGAGACCUGCAACAACGACAGGCAAGAUCGGGACAGGCUCAUCCAGGCCUUGGCGGCCAAGCACGGCAUUGCUGUCGAAGGGGCCACCCCUUUCCCUGAUCAAGCGGCCUCCGCCUUCUUCGACAAAGCACGACAGCAGCUCGAACAGCUACAGCGGAGUCUUCAGCAAAUGAAGGCUGUGAACAAGAGAAGAGACGACGAGCUUACUUCCAACUGGGAGUCCCUCCGUAGCCAAUUUCUCAAAGCAGACGGAUCCAUCAGCCUGAAGAUGCAACAAAAGGCCGACAAUGAAGACAAGCUCGAGGGCUUUGGAAGGCUGCUCCAAGAUGGACCAGCAAUUGAGAGGGCUUUUGAGGAAACUGCGGAGAGGGUAGAAGAAUUGCAAGCGGAAUACAACCGGAAAGCGGAGGAGGCGGAGCGCGAGAAGUACGACGAGAAGAUACAGGAUGUGGACCGAGAGCUGCUGGCCGUGCGGCAGCGAAUGGCGGAUCUGCAGAAAGAGAAAGACCAGAUGAACGCGGAGACGGCGGACCGAGUGCAGCUGCGCAUCAAGAAGCAGGACCUACAGGAAAAGGAGAAGAGCUACAAGCAGAUCAUGAGCGAGCAGCAAGCAAGGCUGAAGAAGGCCUUCCACGGUCGGGUGCCGGAGGCGCCUAGGCUUCUUGCCGAGAUGAAGAGCCUAACGAACUCCUCUCGGAGCCAGUAUGAGGCGGUCAAGCAGAAGUCGGACGACGAGGCCAAGAAGGUGGCAAUUCUGGAGGAAAGGCACAGGGCGGCCGCCAAAACCCUGACGACACUUGAGCGGGAGAUGGAGAGGACGAAGGCUUUCCUUAUGUCGAAUCUGCGAGGCCUGCUGGACGGCGACUACGAGCUGAACGAGUUCAAGGAGGCCAAGGAAGACACGGAGAAAGACGCGCUGACUGCGAAAGCGAAUUUUGCUGUCGUGCAAGCGUCGGAGCCUCUAUAUCAACGCUACAUCGACGGAGCAAAGAAGCAACACAUCUGCGUCGUCUGCGAGAAGGGUCUGAACUCCAGGGAGGAGAUUGCUUUCGUGUCCAAAUACGAGAACCAGAAGCGCACGAUCGGCGACCAGAUGGUGCAAUGCCAGCGGAUGAGCGAGAACGCGCAGCGCACGCUGGACGCCAUCCGGGACCUGGAGCCGCAGUACUUCGCGUUUGCCGACCUUCAGGAGAAGAAGCUGCCGGCGGCCGAAAGAGACGUGCAGAGCAUUGAGGCGGAGCUGGAGAAGGCGCGGGAGAAAUCAAAUGAUGCUGCUUUGGAGCUGAGCAGUACCGAGGUCGAGUUCAAGGAAGUGGAGAAGCUGGAGGGCAUUGCCACAACAGUCGACCGGUUGGUGCAAGAAGCCGCGGCGCUGCAGGACCGAAUCAAGGACCAGGAGUUCAAGCUGGAGACGCUCUCCCAGGCGGCGCGCUCGGUUGCCGACAUCAACACGGAGCUGGAAAAGCUUGAGGACGACAGGGAAACGUUGGAGCGCAAGAGAAAAAGGAUCCAGGAGAAGAAAGAGAGGGACAACAGCGAAGUGUCGGCGGCGCAGACCCGCUGGCGCAAUGCUCGCGACGAGAGCUUUCAGGCGAACAUCCAGAAGAACAGGCUGGACGACGUGCGGAGGCAAAGAGAGGAGACCGAGGCGUCGAUCAACAGCCUGGGAAUCGAAAUACAGGUGCUGCAACAAAAGCUGGGGCCUCUACAACGGGAGCAGGACGCGUUACUGCGGCAUCGGGACACGCACCGCGAGACGGCGCAGCGGGAGGAGGCGGCGGAGGACGAGAAGGGGCGCGCCAUGCAGCGGGACGUGGACCAGCUGAGGGCGGUCAAUGGGAAGAUCUCCAAGUACCUUUUGGCUGGGGGCGAGACGAGGUUGCGAGAGACGCUGGAGAAGAUCACGCGGUGCGUCGCCAACCAGAAAGCGUACGAGGAGACGAUCUCGGAGCUCGGGGAGAAGCUCAAAGAGUUGAACAAGCAGGUGCAAGCGCAGGACACGAUCAAGCGCAACAUCGACGACAACCUGAACUACCGGUCGGUGCGUGACGAGGAGCGGCGGCUGGCCUCGGAGAUCGACGAGCUGCAACAGAAGGUGGUGGCGGCUGGGGACGACACCGGGCUCACCGAGGAGAUCAACCGAGGGCAGAGUGAUCGGGACACCAUGAAUGAUGAGGCGAACCGGUUGCGGGGGACGGUGUCCGCUUACGAGGGCAACAUCAAGCGGAACCGGACGGAGCUCAAGGACCCCCGGUACGCCGACAUCGAGAACCGGUACCGCAACCAGCUGAUCCAGCUCAAGACGACGGAGAUGGCCAACAAGGACCUGGACAAGUACUACCACGCACUUGACAAGGCGCUGAUGCGUUUCCACUCGAUGAAGAUGGAGGAGAUCAACAAGAUCAUCAAGGAGCUGUGGCAGCAAACGUACCGCGGACAGGACAUCGACUACAUUGAGAUACGGUCGGACGCCGAAACGACGUCCAGCGCGCGCUCGUAUGCGUACAGGGUCGUCAUGAGGAGCGGUGAUGCGGAGCUGGACAUGAGGGGACGUUGCAGUGCAGGCCAAAAGGUGCUGGCGUCGCUGGUCAUUCGGCUGGCCCUUGCCGAGACCUUCUGCCUCAACUGCGGCAUCCUGGCCCUCGAUGAGCCGACGACGAACCUGGACACGCCCAACGCGGAGAGCUUGGCAGGGGCCCUCUCCAGGAUCAUGCAAGACCGAAAGACGCAGCAGAACUUCCAGCUAAUCGUCAUCACGCACGAUGAACGAUUCGCCCAGCUGAUUGGCCAUCGCGAGUACGCCGAGAAAUACUACCGGAUAUCCAAGAACGAGCACCAACAUAGCCACAUCGAGGUCCAAGACAUCUUUGACUAGCCGUUCGAGGACGGCAGACUAGUCUCUGCUGCAAGCGUAGGUCUAUAGGUCGUGCAAGGAGAGGAGAUACGUGUACAUAUUGAGCUAGAGACAGUUGAAAGGAAACAGCGAAAGUUGCAGUGAUGAAUGGUGUCGUGCCAACUUGCAAAAGGCUGGAGUUGAGUCAGGUUGUUCAACAGCUUGUACUGAAAGAUACGUUGUCAUCAAUGUUCUGUGCUUGUGUUGGCUUCCUGAGCUG